AUGUUCCAGCAGUUGAUCAACCGCCUGCUCGGGCGCACCCAGAACACACUGCCGCCCUUUAAUUUUGCACGCAAUCGCUUCCGCGUCAAAAAGAAAUGGCCACCCAACCUCCGCGAGCUCACGGAGAAGCAGCAAUUCCGAUUUGAGCGCAAGUUCAAGCGGCGCAUCAAGGCCAAGUCUGUCAGGCCACAGUGGGACAGGUGGACCAAGGUGGUGCAGUGGAGCAUGAUCAGCUUCAUUGUCGUCUACGGCGUGCUCUUCCACGACUUCAGGAAGGAUCCCAUGAACCCGCGGCCGGGUGAGCAGCCGUUUGAAGGACUGAGACAGAGGAUGUGGGGGAUGCUGGGGAAUAUCUAUUCACAUACCAAUGAUGCCACUAUUGUUGGGCGGGGAACCCGUGAAAGCCAAAGGCCGGCACCUGUACCGAGUCCUGCUCCUCCGGCUCUGGAAAUGGAUCCCAGGGCCGACAAGUAUUCUGCAAAAGAAGCAAGUUAG